AUGACACCUACUAGUACUUCAACUGAAAGAUCGCAACAGCAAUCGAAGCUUAUCGACUCACUCCCCCCUCAUAAUGUCGAGCCCUUGUGGACGGUCAUGUCGGCUAUGGUACCACCAGUCCCUCAGCCCAAAGCCAUCCCCAAUGUCUGGAAUUACAAGGAAUUAAGACCUCUUCUUCUAGAAUCUGGUCGAGUGGUAAAUGAACAUGAAGCAGAAAGACGGGUUUUGAUGCUGAUUAACCCUGCUUUGACAGCUCCUCAAACCACUGACACUCUUUAUGCUGGAUUACAACUUAUCAAUCCUGGAGAGACUGCUCCAGCUCACAGGCAUCAGGCAUUUGCCUUGAGAUUUAUUAUUGAAGGCUCCGGCGGCUUCACCGCUGUAGAGGGCAAGAAACUGUACAUGGAACGUGGAGACGUGAUUCUGACUCCAAGAUGGGAGUGGCAUGAUCACGGUAAAGAAGGCGAGGGUCCUAUGAUCUGGCUCGAUGGUCUUGAUUUGCCCAUGUUUCAAUCCAUUCCUGUAAACUUUGCUGAAGGAUACGCCGAAAAGCGUUAUCCAAGUACUCCCGAAGUUGGAGAUUCGCCCAUCAAGUAUCCUUGGGCCGAAGUUCAGAAGACUUUGGACAGCAGUUCAUCGUCUCACGCUAUUUAUAACUAUGUCUCGAAAGUCAAGGGAAAGCAAGGGAAGCACUUGUCCACUAUCAUUGGCGCUCAGGCUGAGAGAAUCAGUCCCUCUUCUUCUUCUCCAUUGAGACAAGAGAGCAGCUCUUUCAUUGUUCACGUGUACUCCGGCAAGGGAUACACCGUUGUAAACCACAAUGAACAGGAACAGAAACUCAUUUGGAACCAGCAUGAUACCUUUUGUAUCCCAAGUUGGGUAAAAUUCCAACACUUCAAUCACUCGGACGACGAACAAGCCUAUCUGUUCAGUUACUCAGACACUCCUCUUCUUGAAAACCUCGCCCUCCACCGUGUGGCUAAAUUUGACUAG